AUGGAGCCACUUCAAAGGGAGGGCUUCGCUGCAUAUCUGGUGGCCAUGUCCAGGGGCAAAGCAAAGGGACGGCUGUUUGCUGUGGAUAUGGUCCUGGCGAUGCUGCCGGUGCUGUUGCCGUCGGAAAUCGAUGAAUCUGGUCUCCAGGAGGGCUCUUGGGGGCUCAAGUGUGUCCAGGUGUUGGUGGAGAGGUGUUCGGAUAGCGCUGGAGCGGUCCGGGCUCGGGCCUUGACAAAUGCAGCCCAUGCGCUUGAUGUUUUGUCUGAAAGAGGUGUGGAGGUCGAUCGACUGCAGGAGGUGAUGAAGAUUGGGAACAUGGGUCUUGGAGAGUUGUUGAGGAGAAGGUGCAUUGAUGAUAAGGCUGCCGUCAGGAAAGCUGCACUUGUGCUCAUCACCAAGGCAAUUGGUUUGAUUGGCAGACCUGUCGAUGAGUCGCUACUUACUGCAAUGGGGGCUGCGUGCUCUGAUCCGCUAGUCACCAUUCGCAAGGCGGCUCUUGCAGCCAUCUCAGAGGUGUUCCGGAAAUUCCCAGAUGAGAGUGUGACAAAGGAGUGGCUUCAGGCUGUGCCAUCGCUGAUGAUUGAUAGUGAGACCAGUAUCCAGGAGGAAUGUGAGAACUUGUUUCUUGAACUGGUUCUGAACAGGGUCUGCCAAGCUGCCAAUUUGAAACUGGAUGAUGAUUCAGUCAACUUGGAGGAGCUGUUCCCGGACGGGACACUGGAUUUGCUGAAAAGCAUAUGUGAUGGAGAGGUUGUUCCCUGCAUAAAAAGGAUAUGCGCAAGCCUUGGGAAGAAGAAAAAGCUGAGACCAAUGCUUGCUAGUUCACUCCAGAAUAUAAUUACAAUAUCUGAAACCUUGUGGUUGAGAAGUUCUAAGCCAAUUGAGAAUUGGACUGCACCAGCUGGGGCUUGGUGGCUUCUUUCCGAGGUCUCCUCAUUUGCGCCUAAAUCAGUUAACUGGAAGUUCCUCUCUCACCACUGGAAACUCCUUGAUAAUGUUGGCCAAGAAGGCAAAGGUAAAGCUUCUUCUGAAGGGGAACCAAACUCUGCACUCUGGGCUGUGGAUCGUGUUUCACUCCUGCAAACUAUUUCAAAUGUCUCCAUGGAGCUACCUGUGGAGCCUGCAGCAGAACUGGCACACAGCUUACUCACGCGGAUUGAAAAUUUUGAUAUGAACCUGAGUGAGGUCGAUGCCCAUGUAAAGUCACUGAAAACUUUAUGUAAACGGAAAGCGAAAACGGCAAAGGAAGCUGAAGCACUAAUAAUGAAGUGGGUUCAGCAACUUAUCAAUAAAGCAGUUGAUAAUCUAGAACGCUACAUAAAAGGAACAUCACAAGAUUCCAGGGGUUGUAGCUACAAUACUCCUCUGACCGGCAAACUUAAGGGAAGAAAGGAGGCAUCCACAUCAAAGGAGAUGUCAGAAGCUGUUAUUGCCGUCUUCACCGUUGGAUCAGUGAUCCUAGCUUGCCCUGAUGCUAGUGUGCAAGGCAUCAUUCCUUUGCUGCACACAGUCAUAACCUCUGGAAACCCCGAGCCAAGACCAACAAUGCUUGCAGGUGGAGCCGUUUCUUUCAAUGAGGUAGCUCCAUCAUUAUAUAUACAGUCGUGGGAUACAAUGGCGAAAAUAUGCCUUGUAGAUGACAAACUAGCAAAACGAUAUAUUCCGCUCUUUGUUCAGGAGCUUGAGCGGAGUGAUUUGGCUACCCUCCGGAAUAACAUCAUGAUAGCAAUGGCUGACUUUUAUGUACGCUAUACAGCACUAGUUGACUGUUAUAUGUCAAAAAUAACAAAAGUGCUGCGUGAUCCCUGCGAAGUAGUACGGAGGCAAACGUUUGUCCUACUCGCGAAGUUGCUGCAGAGGGAUUACGUAAAAUGGAGAGGAGUGCUUUUCCUUCGGUUUCUGCCAUCUUUAGUUGACGAAUCGGAUAAGAUAAGGCAUUUGGCUGACUACCUAUUUGGAAGCAUCUUAAAAGCCAAAGCGCCACUUCUUGCAUAUAACAGUUUCAUAGAAGCUAUCUACGUCCUAAACAAUUGCACAGGACAUGGUGGAUAUAGUGAGUCUCAGUCUCAGUCUCAGAGUUCUCAAGGGUCUCAAAGUUCAGACAGAGGACAAACCCUUUUCGCGAUACGGGGAACUGACGAAAGUUCAAGGUCAAAACGAAUGCACAUAUAUGUGUCCUUGUUGAAACAAAUGGCCCCGGAGCACCUUCUAGCUACAUCAGCCAAGUUAUGUGCUGAGAUCUUAGCAGGUGUUUGUGAUGGCUUACUAAGUGUUGACGAUGCAGCUGGAAGGGCUGUAGUUCAGGAUGCUCUACAAAUACUAGCUUGCAAGGAGAUGCGCAUCCAUCCCAGCAUCCUCGCGGACAAUUUCGAGAUGGACGACGACGGUGGAGAUGGCGGGACGGCCAACGCCCUCCAGGCGGCCAAAGGGAGGGCGGUGACCCAGGUGGCAAAGAAGAACCUGAUUCAGAUCGCGAUCCCGAUAUUCAUCGAGCUGAAGCGGCUGCUGGAGAGCAAGAACAGCCCUCUGACGGGGUGCCUGAUGGAGUGCCUGCGCACCCUCCUCAAGGACUACAAGAACGAGUUCGAUGAGAUACUGGUGGCGGACAAGCAGCUGCAGAAGGAGCUCCUCUACGACAUGCAGAAGUUCGAGGCCGGCAAGGGCAAGUCGUCCAGGGACGGAGAGGCCGCCGGCCCCAGCAGGAGCUCUCCGGCUGCUCCUGACCCGGGUGACGCGGCUGCAAAGGCCACGGCGCGGUCGGUGCUCAAGGAGAUGAACCGGAACGUGCCGACGCCGCCGCUGCACACCAUGAGCGUGCCCAAGGUGAAGUCGGUGCUGGGCACUGGGGCGCUGAGUGGCUCGCGCCGACCGGCUAUCCUAGAGUCAGUGAGGCGGCUCGAGCCAUUUGGAUCAGACGAUGAGAAUUAG